AUGAAGUACAUGGAGAAUAGGAGCAACGUGACAGAGUUUAUUCUACUAGGACUUACAGAGAACCCAAAGAUGCAGAAAAUUAUAUUUGCUGUAUUUUUGUUCAUCUACAUCAUCUCUGUGGUAGGAAAUGUGCUCAUUGUAGUUACCAUUACUGCAAGCCCAUUGUUGGGGUCUCCUAUGUACUUUUUCUUGGCCUAUCUCUCCUUUAUUGAUGCCUGCUAUUCUUCUGUCAAUACCCCUAAACUGGUCAUAGAUUCACUCCAUGAAAAGAAGACCAUCCUAUUCAAUGGAUGUAUGACUCAAAUCUUUGGGGAACAUUUCUUUGGAGGUGCAGAGGGCAUCCUGCUUACUGUGAUGGCCUAUGACCGCUAUGUGGCCAUCUGUAAGCCUUUGCACUAUACAACCAUCAUGAAUAGAAGGGUAUGCGGCCUGCUAGUAGGAAUAGUGUGGGUGGGAGGCUUUCUCCAUGCAACCAUCCAGAUCCUCUUCAUCUUCCGACUACCCUUCUGUGGCCCUAAUGUCAUCGAUCACUUUAUGUGUGACCUGAACCCUUUGCUCAAUCUGGCCUGCACUGAUACCCGCACUCUGGGGCUCUUUGUUGCUGCCAACAGUGGAUUCAUCUGCCUGUUAAACUUCCUCCUGCUGCUAAUCUCCUAUGUGGUCAUCCUGCGCUCCCUGAGGACCCACAGCCUGGAGGGUAGGCGCAAGGCCUUGUCCACCUGUGUCUCCCACAUCACAGUGGUUGUCCUGUUCUUUGUUCCCUGCAUAUUUGUAUACAUGAGACCUGCAGCUAAUUUACCCAUUGAUAAAGCAGUUGCUGUUUUCUAUACAAUCAUAACUCCAUUGUUAAAUCCUUUAAUUUACACCUUGAGAAAUGCACAGAUGAAAAUUGCCAUCAUAAAAUUAUGUGGGUGGAAAGAUAUUGCUGAUGACAAAUAG